AUGAAGACAAGAUCAAUAUUGUCUUACCUUUUGCUAGCAUCAGUUACUAUAGCUGCUGGUGCAUUUAAAAUCAAAACAAUUUACAAAAACACAGAUUUAUACUUAAAAGUCAAUUUUGAAACUGACCAAGUAUUUUUAGGAAAACAAAAGGGAGAUGACUUUCAAUUAUCCGAAGAGUCAUAUUUGGUGCUUUCCGAUGAUCAUUCCAGCGUAAUUGCUCAUCAAGAGAACGAUAUAAUCCAAGCAAAUGCAUUAACUACUGAAUAUUCGUUUCCUCUUUGGAAAAUCACCAGCGACAACUAUCUUAUUUAUGAGGUACCAUUGUAUGCAUGUUUGCAUUCCUCCUCAUAUUUAGUUACAGUCAACCCUACACUUUUUGCUAACCACGAAGUUGAUUGUUUCAGUGUUACAAACUUAAUGCCAGUGAAGGAAAAACGCGUACCUCAAAAUUUUUUGGUGGAGAAUAACGCUGCGACAAAACUUCAUCAACUUAAAUCAAAUCACGAAAUCCUUGUUGAGUCAAAUAAAGACAAAACAGGUUCAUUUAUCCACAAUAUUAAGCUAGAUAAUGGUGCAGUUUUUAUUAAUAAUUAUGAGAAAAAAUUGCAUAAAGAAUUGUUGAAAAGAGAUGAUCCACCAGUGGACCCAAGCAAACCAAUGAUUAUACAGGGCCAAAUUGCAGAGACCACUGGUUUCUUCUUUAUUACCGGUGAGUUUGUCAUGAUAAGAGAAGGAGAUGCUUUAGAUGCCGCUAAAUUCACUAUAGAUUCAGGAUAUCUAAAAGUUGGCAGCAAUUAUAUUGACGAGUACGACGGAAAAUUAGUGGCUAAUGAUGAUCCGCUUGGCCCAGCACAAUGGACAACAAUCGACAAUCAAAUAUAUUUCGGGGCUGAACCUGAAUUGGUUCAUUUCUAUGGCUGCGAGGGUAAGGUUUCUGUUGACAGCUCCGGCGGAUGCGAAGAGAUCACGCUGAUUGUGAUCAAGAACUUUGAGUUUGUACCUGUGGAAAACACUGUGGACGGAAGUUUGCCAAUGGCUAUCAGUGGUACAUUAGAUGAAGCAAGUGUGAUUCUUUCUACCGACAACGAUGAAGUGAUUGUAUUUGGAGGUGAUCUUGUUGAUGCUACGAAAUUCACACUCUCUGGCAGGUACUUGAAGGCUGGGGACAGGUAUGUUGCAAUUGACGGUGGUGCUUUGGUUGUUGUUGAAACCAGUGGCGAAGCGACUUCGGGCUGGAUUCUUUCUGGAGACCACUUGUUCUUCGGGGAAGACCCUGAAUUGGUUCAUUUCUAUGGCUGCGAGGGUAAGGUUUCUGUUGACAGCUCCGGCGGAUGCGAAGAGAUCACACUGAUUGUGAUCAAGAAUUUCAAUUUCGAGGCACAGAUCAACACAGUGGACCCCACCAAUGCCAUGCUCAUUCAAGGUCAAUUCGAUUCGCAGGAAGUUACUAUUUCUACAUCUGGUGACGAAGUCACAGUGUUUACGGGGGACGAUGUUGAUGCUGCCAAGUUCACUAUUGUCAACCGUUACUUGAAGGCUGGGGACAGGUAUGUUGCAAUUGACGGUGGUGCUUUGGUUGUUGUUGAAACCAGUGGCGAAGCGACUUCGGGCUGGAUUCUUUCUGGAGACCACUUGUUCUUCGGGGAAGACCCUGAAUUGGUUCAUUUCUAUGGCUGCGAGGGUAAGGUUUCUGUUGACAGCUCCGGCGGAUGCGAAGAGAUCACGCUGAUUGUGAUCAAGAAUUUCAAUUUCGAGGCACAGAUCAACACAGUGGACCCCACCAAUGCCAUGCUCAUUCAAGGUCAAUUCGAUUCGCAGGAAGUUACUAUUUCUACAUCUGGUGACGAAGUCACAGUGUUUACGGGGGACGAUGUUGAUGCUGCCAAGUUCACUAUUGUCAACCGUUACUUGAAGGCUGGGGACAGGUAUGUUGCAAUUAACGGUGGUUCUUUGGUUGUUGUUGGAGACGAGGGUGAUGCUCAAAGAGGAUGGAUUCUUUCUGGAGACCACUUGUUCUUCGGGGAAGACCCUGAUUUGGUGCAUUUCUUUGGCUGCGAGAGUAUGCUUUCUGUAGACAGCUCCGGCGGAUGCGAAGAGAUCACGCUGAUUGUGAUCAAGAACUUUGAGUUUGUACCUGUGGAAAACACUGUGGACGGAAGUUUGCCAAUGGCUAUCAGUGGUACAUUAGAUGAAGCAAGUGUGAUUCUUUCUACCGACAACGAUGAAGUGAUUGUAUUUGGAGGUGAUCUUGUUGAUGCUACGAAAUUCACACUCUCUGGCAGGUACUUGAAGGCUGGGGACAGGUAUGUUGCAAUUGACGGUGGUGCUUUGGUUGUUGUUGAAACCAGUGGCGAAGCGACUUCGGGCUGGAUUCUUUCUGGAGACCACUUGUUCUUCGGGGAAGACCCUGAAUUGGUUCAUUUCUAUGGCUGCGAGGGUAAGGUUUCUGUUGACAGCUCCGGCGGAUGCGAAGAGAUCACGCUGAUUGUGAUCAAGAACUUUGAGUUUGUACCUGUGGAAAACACUGUGGACGGAAGUUUGCCAAUGGCUAUCAGUGGUACAUUAGAUGAAGCAAGUGUGAUUCUUUCUACCGACAACGAUGAAGUGAUUGUAUUUGGAGGUGAUCUUGUUGAUGCUACGAAAUUCACACUCUCUGGCAGGUACUUGAAGGCUGGGGACAGGUAUGUUGCAAUUGACGGUGGUGCUUUGGUUGUUGUUGAAACCAGUGGCGAAGCGACUUCGGGCUGGAUUCUUUCUGGAGACCACUUGUUCUUCGGGGAAGACCCUGAAUUGGUUCAUUUCUAUGGCUGCGAGGGUAAGGUUUCUGUUGACAGCUCCGGCGGAUGCGAAGAGAUCACACUGAUUGUGAUCAAGAAUUUCAAUUUCGAGGCACAGAUCAACACAGUGGACCCCACCAAUGCCAUGCUCAUUCAAGGUCAAUUCGAUUCGCAGGAAGUUACUAUUUCUACAUCUGGUGACGAAGUCACAGUGUUUACGGGGGACGAUGUUGAUGCUGCCAAGUUCACUAUUGUCAACCGUUACUUGAAGGCUGGGGACAGGUAUGUUGCAAUUGACGGUGGUGCUUUGGUUGUUGUUGAAACCAGUGGCGAAGCGACUUCGGGCUGGAUUCUUUCUGGAGACCACUUGUUCUUCGGGGAAGACCCUGAAUUGGUUCAUUUCUAUGGCUGCGAGGGUAAGGUUUCUGUUGACAGCUCCGGCGGAUGCGAAGAGAUCACACUGAUUGUGAUCAAGAAUUUCAAUUUCGAGGCACAGAUCAACACAGUGGACCCCACCAAUGCCAUGCUCAUUCAAGGUCAAUUCGAUUCGCAGGAAGUUACUAUUUCUACAUCUGGUGACGAAGUCACAGUGUUUACGGGGGACGAUGUUGAUGCUGCCAAGUUCACUAUUGUCAACCGUUACUUGAAGGCUGGGGACAGGUAUGUUGCAAUUGACGGUGGUGCUUUGGUUGUUGUUGAAACCAGUGGCGAAGCGACUUCGGGCUGGAUUCUUUCUGGAGACCACUUGUUCUUCGGGGAAGACCCUGAAUUGGUUCAUUUCUAUGGCUGCGAGGGUAAGGUUUCUGUUGACAGCUCCGGCGGAUGCGAAGAGAUCACGCUGAUUGUGAUCAAGAACUUUGAGUUUGUACCUGUGGAAAACACUGUGGACGGAAGUUUGCCAAUGGCUAUCAGUGGUACAUUAGAUGAAGCAAGUGUGAUUCUUUCUACCGACAACGAUGAAGUGAUUGUAUUUGGAGGUGAUCUUGUUGAUGCUACGAAAUUCACACUCUCUGGCAGGUACUUGAAGGCUGGGGACAGGUAUGUUGCAAUUGACGGUGGUGCUUUGGUUGUUGUUGAAACCAGUGGCGAAGCGACUUCGGGCUGGAUUCUUUCUGGAGACCACUUGUUCUUCGGGGAAGACCCUGAAUUGGUUCAUUUCUAUGGCUGCGAGGGUAAGGUUUCUGUUGACAGCUCCGGCGGAUGCGAAGAGAUCACACUGAUUGUGAUCAAGAAUUUCAAUUUCGAGGCACAGAUCAACACAGUGGACCCCACCAAUGCCAUGCUCAUUCAAGGUCAAUUCGAUUCGCAGGAAGUUACUAUUUCUACAUCUGGUGACGAAGUCACAGUGUUUACGGGGGACGAUGUUGAUGCUGCCAAGUUCACUAUUGUCAACCGUUACUUGAAGGCUGGGGACAGGUAUGUUGCAAUUAACGGUGGUUCUUUGGUUGUUGUUGGAGACGAGGGUGAUGCUCAAAGAGGAUGGAUUCUUUCUGGAGACCACUUGUUCUUCGGGGAAGACCCUGAAUUGGUUCAUUUCUAUGGCUGCGAGGGUAAGGUUUCUGGUGACAGCUCCGGCCGAUGCGAAGAGAUCACACUGAUUGUGAUCAAGAAUUUCAAUUUCGAG